GGGCCGGCAGGGGGCGCUGUGUGCGUGCGUGCGUGCGUCAGAUGGCAGAACGGAGCCAACAUGGCGCCUUCAGAGACUGUGCCGCUGGUACUUUGUUUAGUAUCAGUUUCUAUUCAAAUCAGCUCCUGCAGCCUCUUAUCUGAGCCUUGUUACAAGCCCAUCAGAGACGACACACCAGACUCUGUCAAGACGCAGCCUCGCCCACGAGAGUAUGUGAAGCUGUCGGACCUUCCUCCGUCCUGGGACUGGAGGAACAUCAGCGGGAAGAAUUUUGUGAGCGUCACACGGAACCAACACAUCCCCCAGUACUGUGGGUCCUGCUGGGCCAUGGGAGCCACCAGUGCGCUAGCUGACCGUAUCAACAUCAAGCGUGGAGGAACGUGGCCGUCAGCCUACCUGUCGGUCCAGAACGUGAUCGACUGUGGCGGGGCGGGCUCUUGCUAUGGAGGAGAUCACCUGAGGGUCUACGCCUACGCACACAAGAGGGGCAUUCCCGAUGAAACCUGCAACAACUACCAAGCCAAAAACCAAAAGUGUGAGCAGUUUAACCAGUGUGGUACGUGCUCCUUCUUUGAGUCGUGUGCUGUUGUGAAGAACUACACCGUGUGGAAAGUGGGCGACUACGGGGAAGUUUCUGGAAGAGACGAGAUGAAAGCUGAAAUUUACACCAAUGGGCCCAUCAGUUGUGCCCUGAUGGCCACCAACAGCCUGGAGCAAUACUCUGGAGGGAUCUUCUCAGAGUUUCACCCGCUGUCUCUGCCCAAUCACAUCAUAUCUGUGGCUGGCUGGGGUGUGGCAGAAGACGGGACCGAAUACUGGAUCGUCAGGAACUCGUGGGGGGAGUUUUGGGGAGAACACGGCUGGGCGAGAAUAGUCACCAGUGCAUAUAAAGGAGGAAAAGGCAACUGGUUCAACCUGGGUAUCGAGAAAAACUGUGCAUAUGGAGACCCUAUUGUUACUUAGAUGCAGAAUUAAACUGAUAGAUGAUUUGUAAAUUUUUUUUUAAAUAAAUUUGAUAACUUUGCAAAGUAAAAGAAUAGUUCAACAAUUUAUGAACCAAUUUUAUUUGAAAAAACAACAAUUUAUUGUUUUUUCCUGGGGUUUUUAUCGAACUGUUUCUUGGAAGGAAGCAGUAAUAGUUAAAGAACAUGUCUAUAAAAAACCACCAUGUGUUGUUUUUAACUUCGCUUCUUGUACAGAAUAAAGAAACUAACGAUAACACACUAAUUAGUGCAAGUAGAUGAGUUUAGUAACCCUCAGACAGAGCCAGGCUCGCAGUUUUGAUUUGUUUCCGUUCUUUAUGCUGAGCUAAGCUAACCAGCUGCUACCUAUUUAUCUGACAAACAGGACAGUUGCAUCAAUCUUUUCAUCUAAUUCCUGACAAAAAAGCAUAUACGCUUUAAUUUGACUUGCCCUAUUGUAUCAUUUCUGUAACUUUGUCAGGGUGUGCUAUCUUGACCAGGUCUCCCUCGAAAAAAAGGUUUUGAUCUCGUGGCACUUUCUGGUAAAAUAAAGGUGAAAUAAAUCAAAAUACAUUCUCAGAUGUUGAAUUGAAGUGUUCCUCCAAGUUAAAGGAGCAAAAAUGGAGCUUCGUCCUGAUGUCCACUGGUGUGUUCAACCUGUAAUAAAACAUUAUAUAAAACCUG